ACUUUACCAACCGCGAUUUACAGGGAAUACUACUCCAUCAAAAACAAAGCCCAUUUGUUCCCGCGUGUGAGCAAACACACAACACUGAAGAAACAAGCUUCACUUCCACCCCUUAAUGGCCCGAGGCAAGGCGAAGAAGAAGGAAGAAGGUGAAGACACCGAUGUCGCAAACCCAGAAACGUUAGAGCGGAAGAGGCUGAAAUCCUUGGCCAUUUCCAACAAGAUUCUCUCGGAGACCCCUGCACGGAGCUCCGUUCACCUCAACCCUUCCUCCGUCGUGGCCAAGCACCACGGCAAAGAUAUCAUCAAGAAGUCUCAGAGGAAGAGCUGCAGGUACCUCUUCUCGUUCCCCGGGCUAAUUGCUCCCAUCGCCGGUGGCAAGAUCGGUGACCUCAAGGACUUGGGCACCAAAAACCCCGUUCUCUACCUCGAUUUCCCACAGGGUCAAAUGAAGUUAUUCGGGACCAUUGUAUAUCCAAAGAACAGAUACUUGACUCUACAGUUCCCUAAAGGUGGAAAGAGUGUAAUGUGUGAGGAUUAUUUUGAUAACAUGAUUGUAUUUUCGGAUGCAUGGUGGAUCGGGAGGAAAGAUGAAAACCCAGAAGAAUCCAAGCUGGAAUUUCCUAAUGAAUUGUAUGAGGGACACCAAGCUGAGUAUGACUUUAAAGGGGGUGCGGGUGCAGGUGCAGCUUCUGUAGUUAAUCAAGGUGUUCCCAGAACCAACAUUCAACGUGUAGAGCAAGAGUCACCAAAGACACCCACCGAAGAUGAUUUGUCAGACAAUGAAAUCAAUUUAAAAGAUACAAAGGAAUUGGUUCCGGUCCGACAUUCAACAAGAACUGCAAAAAAAUCAUACAAAUUUGCUGAAAUUUCUUCCGGUGAUGAUUCUGGUGAAAACAGCCCUGAGCUUUCUGAUGAUGAAGAGAAAGUGGUAGAAGUUGAUACUGCUGUAAAUGAUCAUAAUAGCUCAAAGAAAAAAACUGUAGUUUUUGACCUCGAUGAUGAGGAUGAUGCACCAGUAGAUCAACCUGCCAAGAUAAAUACUGAGUCUGCUUCUCGAUCAAAAAGUAAAGAAGUGUCUCAAUCUGCUUCAGCCAGUGCAUCUACUGAAGUUAAGUCCAGUAAUCGUGGAUCACUUGUUCAGGCUACUAUAUCCACAUUAUUCAAGAAAGUGGAAGAAAAGACAACUCCAAGAAGUUCAAGGAAAUCCCCAUCAUCAAAAGCUUAUGGCCAGAAGUCACAGCCUGCUGGUUCAAAAAGAAAGAUUGAUCUGGAUGAAGGAUCCAAGAAAAGGGCAAGAAAGACCACGGACAAAGAUCCUGGUAAAAAAAUCAAGGCAAAAAGCAAGGAAGACGAUGUUGAAGAUGGUGAUGAUGAUGGUGAUGACAUUGAAGAAUUUUCAAAUGCUUCAGAGGAUGCUAAUGAAAGUGAUGAAGACUGGACUGCUUGAGUGUGUAAUCUAAGUUGUGGCUGCUAGUCACAAGAAAUGACAAGGCAGGGUCAUGCAAGUGAUGUGAUUAUACCCUUUAUCUCUCUCUACACUAAGAUAGAACGUAACGACUUGGUUUUGCAUACCAUGUGGUUAUGAUGGGAAUAUGAGAAUAGAGAUAAUACCAUGUGGUUAUGAUGGAGAAAGAAUGAGGAAGUUGUCCAAUGUUUACCAAUCCAAUCUUCAUCUCCAAGUUGGGAGUCAUUAAAUGUAUACUUUUAAUUUCGAUUAUCUUUUAAAGAGUUCCACAAUGUCGAAUGAACGUGAAAGUAUCAAAGCUUUUAAGGAUACGGAUUACGGAAGAAAAAGCAUGACUAGAAGAUUUCAUUGACUUUGAAAAGGAACGUGCUCUUACUAAAAUAAAACAAAUGAAUGAGCUA